AUGGCGAAAGAUACUUCCACCGAUCAACAAAGAAUCAAGACACGCUUUUUGAUAUGUUCCGAUACUCAUGGAAUGGGAGGUUUACCUGGCUUGACCCGAUCAGCGAACCAGCACGCAGAUGUUGUCAUUCACUGCGGAGAUCUCACCACAGGAUCUCAGAUCGAUGAAUUCAAAGCCGCGAUUCGGCUGCUCGAAGCCAUCGAUGCACCUUUAAAGCUUGUUAUAGCAGGAAAUCACGACUUCACGAUGGACAUACCGAUCUUCCGCCAAAAGGUCGAAGAGGCACACCUGCCGGAUGAUCAAGAGCUUAUUGAGAAAACAUAUGGAUUUUAUGGGGAAGCUAGGAGCUUGUUCAAAAACACCGGAAUUACUUUUCUUGACGAAGGUAUACACUCCUUUAAUCUCCAGAAUGGCGCUUUGUUGACUGUUUAUGCCAGUCCAUACACCCCUUCACUGGGGGACUGGGGAUUCCAGUACCGCCCCGAUGAUGGCCAUGACUUUGCAAUCAACAAUAGUGGAAGCCCUUGCAGCGUGGAUGUGGUUAUGACACACGGGCCGCCGAGGGGAAUCAUGGACUACACACUCUCUGGUAAGCGAGCAGGCUCGAUAGACCUUUUUCGUGCCCUUGCCCUCGCAAACCCGCGACCACAGAUGCAUUGCUUUGGACAUAUACACGAAGGCUGGGGUGCUAAACUUAUCACGUGGCGCGAAAAGACCACUUCCGCGCCUUCGCAUUUGACUGAUAUUGAUAACGGGCGAUCUCAUCUUAUUUCAAAACUCUCCAUGCUGAGAGAAGAUGAUGAACGAUCAUUCAGCGCGAGAGGUACCCAUGUGAAGUGCUUUGCUACCAGUCACUGCUCCGGAGAUACUCACCCACUCAACCGUGGCUCUCAAACAUUGUUUGUGAAUGCUGCUAUUGAGGGUCCGCCGCAAGCGAUGAAUAGCGAGCAAAGCAAUCUAUCCACGCAGCCACCAUGGAUUGUCGACCUUGAGCUUCAAGCCUCCCCCCGAGGCGCAACACUGUUUGAGUCUUAG